AUACUCUCUCUCGCAUAGAAGGGAAAGGAAACCAACACAAUGGCGGCGAGCGACAAGUCGACGAAAGAGAAGCUCCUUUCUGCGCUGAAUGAUAUCGAGGUUUUGUCCAGAGAAUUGAUAGAGAUGCUUGCACUGUCACGGACCCAAAAGCUCCCUCAGCCCGGCGAGGACACGCAGGUGCUGGAGCUGCUGGUUCAGAGGGACAAAGAGUUCCAGGAGCUGAUGCAGACGGCUGUGGAGCAGGGCAGGAUUCACCAGGAGAUGCAGCAGCUGGAGAAGGAAGCGGAGAAGAGGGACAGCGACAUCCAGCUGCUGCAGAAACAGCUCAAAGAGGCGGAGCACAUCCUGGCUACUGCCGUGUACCAGGCCAAAGAGAAGCUCAAGUCCAUCGAGAAGGCCAGAAAAGGCAGCAUCUCUUCGGAGGAAAUCAUUAAGUAUGCACACAGGAUAAGUGCCAGUAAUGCGGUGUGUGCUCCUCUUAACUGGGUCCCAGGUGACCCCCGGAGGCCGUACCCCACCGAUCUGGAGAUGCGCAGCGGGAUGCUGGGUCACAUGAGCAACCUGCCAGCUAACGGCGUGAACGGCCACCUGCCGGGAGAUGCACUGGCUGCAGGGAGAUUGCCAGACGUGCUUACUCCUCAGUAUCCCUGGCAGUCCUCCGACGUUUCCAUGGCGAUGCUGCCCCCUCACCACGGCAACGAUUUUGGCCUGGAGCCGCCGGGCCACAACAAGGAGAACGAGGAUGACGUGGAGGCCAUGAGCACCGACUCCUCCAGCAGCAGCAGCGACUCUGACUGAGCGAGAGAGAGCGAGAGAGAGAGAGCGAGAGAGAGAGAGACACAGACAUGGGUACAAGUUCUUCCCUGCUUUCUUACGAGUUUAUAUAUCACUCUCCAUUUAAGUAAGCGUUAUAAAAGCAUUAUAGUGAUAGUUUGGCCAAAAAUCUAAUUUACACACCUUCCCCCUCUGUAGUCAAUCAUCCCGAACAUCUUUGGUGUCUGAAAUGUGCUUUUUUAAAUUUUACACUGGAGAAACAAGACAAGUAAUGUCUCACUAACAAGUAAUGGAAGCUCAUGUACACCAAUUUGUCUAAAUCAGGUGUGUCAGACUGAGUUCCUUCCAGGCCACAGCUCUACAGAGAUUAGUGCUUUCCCUCUUCCAACACUGUGAAUUAGCUAACGAGUUCAUCAGACGUGUUCUCCGCAGAACUACCAACGUAAAUGUGGUCCAGAUUGAACUCUGGUUGACACCUUGGGAAUAAAUCACCACACACCUGCCUCAAAAUGUAUAUUACAGUGUAAUAAACCACAUAAUCAGGUCUGUUAUAGAUUACUUGACAGCUCACCAUGCUAAUUGGUUGGGUAUAAGCUACUAUUACUACUAUUUGUUCCUAUUUGUUUAUACUAUCGUUUUAAGCUCUCCCAGCCUCCAAAACUCUUACAGGCACUGUAUAUUUGCAGUGAUGUUGCAGGAGAACUGGUGGAUCAUAUUUCCCAAUAAAGAUCGUAAAUACGACAUUAUCAGUGCCAUUUCAUCUCAGCUCACAACCGGAGAUUAAAUUAUCUUUAGACUACAGCAGCUGUAAGAGUUUAUGAGAAUUCAGGCAUGUUUUGGAACAUUUUGUACCCUUUUAUUCAGUUACGCUCGUCCAAAUUGAAUUUUGAUUUCUUAAUUUCAGCCGUUUUUUGGCUGGUGAUUGGAUCUAAAGUUUAUUUGUACCCCUGUGUGUGUGUGUGUGUGUGUGUGUGUGUGUGUGUGUGUGUGUGUGUUUACAUAAACACUGCUCACUCAGUCUUUGCCUGCUCAGCUGUUGUGUAAAUAGUGCUGUAAAUAUGUUUGAUUUUUCAGAUCUUGUAAAUAAAGUUUGCCUUUGUUAUAAUAGAAGAGUGUU